AUGAAAAUUAAAGACGGAUUAGGGGAAGAUGGAAAUUUGAGUGAUAUGAGCACUUUCAGCAUUUCAGACAAGAUUGGGUUUGCCUCAGCUGCCACCACAACCUUUCAGAUAAGUGAGCCUCAAAUACAAAGAAAGCCGUCCACAUGCUGUGCUCGGACAGUCCUCGUCAUCUACCUGCUGCUGCUGACAGUUGGCCAGGGUCUCUUAGUAUACAAAGUGUUUAUGAUGCAGAGAGAGAUAUUGAAAUUGCAAGGACAAAAUACCUCCUAUACAGAAGAGAUUCUGGAAAGCUCCUUCGCUGACAAACUGCUUUCAGAGAAAAACUCUCUCUCUGAGCACAUGGGACAUGAAGAAUACUGGAGGAGAAGCUUAGAAGAGGAAAUCACCAUAAUUAAAAACAGCAAUGAAAACCUGAUGAUGAUGAUGAACAAUAUCACCUUGGUUGCAGGGCCUCCUGGACCCAAAGGAGAUCCUGGUCCACGAGGGCUACAGGGACCACCGGGGACAAAGGGAGAACAAGGAAUCCAAGGCUUAAGUGGGCUACAGGGUGUGAAGGGGAUCAGAAGAGAUCCUGGUACUGCUGGCCCAAAUGGUCUCCAAGGACAGAAAGGCGAAAUGGGCAAGCAAGGAAACCCUGGGCCUCGUGGAUCCACGGGUCCUCAGGGACAGCAGGGAGUCCCGGGACUGCCGGGUUUCAAUGGUAGCAAGGGGGAGCCUGGACGUCCGGGACAGAAAGGAGAGGCAGGCGCAACCGGACAACAUGGACCUGCAGGAAUUCCUGGCCUCGACGGAAGAGCUGGUCAGAAAGGGGAGAAGGGAGACCAAGGGCCCAGUGGUAGUCCAGGAAUACAAGGCAUUGCAGGACUCAGAGGUGAAAAGGGAAACAAAGGAGAACCAGGUAUUCCAGGGCAAAAGGGAGAGAAGGGAGACAAGGGACCACAAGGCAUCCAAGGCCUAACUGGUCAGAAAGGAAGCAAGGGUGAUUAUGGCAGUCAAGGUCCAAAAGGAGAACCAGGAGUAAAAGGAGCCAAGGGAGACUAUGGUUCCUCAGGUGUGAAAGGGAGCAAAGGUGAAAAAGGAGAAGUGGGUGCUGCAAAUUGGAUAAGAAUCGCAGGAGGAGGCAGGAGGGGUCGCGUGGAAAUCUACCAUGAAGGAACCUGGGGAACAAUAUGUGAUGAUGACUGGGACACCAAAGAUGCCACGGUGGUCUGCCGAAUGCUAGGAUACAACCGUGCAAUCUCUGCCUUCACAGCCACAGCAGGCACUGGAAAAAUUUGGCUUGAUAAUGUGAACUGCAGUGGGAACGAAUAUUCAAUCAUGCAGUGUUCGAAGCCCGACUGGGGUGUGCACAACUGCUCCCAUAGCGAGGACGCUGGGGUAGAGUGUGCUUGA